UAACUGGGAUGUCUGUGAGUCCUGGCGGGAGCCGGAGUCUGUGCUUGCCGCAGCUGUUGCAAGCCAACAGGGUGUGCAGAGAAAAGGAACCUGACAUAGCAUCUUCUUACUCAUUGUUCCUCUUUACUACGAGUUCUGAGAAGUGGGCAGCAACAGUGACAUGGAAAUGACCCCAGAUGCACAGGCAGGAGAACCUGGCAGCGGCCCCUUCUGAAGCACAUCCUAGAAGCCCGGCCACAGGACCUUCCCAGGCGCAUCCUAGAAGCCCUGUUGUUUCCCCCCAGAUGCUUGUCUCUGACUGAUGUAGACACUUUAAGACAAAACCACAAUACUGGGCACAACUAGGCAGCUUAGAAUGGUUUCCAACAGCUCAUCGCUUUUAUUUUUUACUUUAUUUUUUUGAGACAGAGUCUCGCUCUGUUGCCCAGGCUGGAGUGCAGUGGCACAAUUUCAGCUCACUAUAAUCUCCACCUCCUGGAUUCAGGCACUUCUCCUACCUCAGCCUCCUCAGUAGCUGGGACUACAGGCAUGCACCACCAUGUCCAGAUAAUUUUUGUAUUUUUUUUAGUAGAGAUGGGGUUUCGCCAUGUUGGCCAGGCUGGUCUCCAACUUCUGUCCUCAGGUGAUCCGUCCACCUUGGCUUCCCAAAGUGCUGGGAUUACAGGUGUGAGCCACCACACCCAGCUCACAUUUUUUUUUUUUUUUUUGAGACGGGAGUCACCCAGGCUGGAGUGCAGUGAUGUGAUCUCAGCUCACUGCAACCUUUGCCUCCCGGGUUCAAGCAGUUCUCCUGCCUCGGCCUCCCCAGUAGCUGGGAUUACAGGUGUGUGCCACCACACCUGGCUAAUUUGUGUAUUUUUAGUAGAGAUGGGGUUUUGCCAGGCUAGUCUGUUCGAGACCAGGCUGGUCUUGAAUUCCUAAGCUCAGGCAAUCUACCCUCCUUGGCCUCCCAAAGUGCCAGGAUUACAGGCAUGAGCCACUGCACCUGGCCUGUUUUGAGUAUUUUAUUUUAUUUUUUUUGAGACGGAGUUUCGCUCUUGUUACCCAGGCUGGAGUGCAAUGGCGCGAUCUCGGCUCACCGCAACGUCUGCUUCCUGGGUUCAGGCAAUUCUCCUGCCUCAGCCUCCCGAGUAGCUGGGAUUACAGGCACGCACCACGAUGCCCAGAUAAUUUUUUGUAUUUUUAGUAGAGACGGGGUUUCACCAUGUUGACCAGGAUGGUCUCGAUCACUUGACCUCGUGAUCCACCUGCCUCGGCCUCGCAAAGUGCUGGGAUUACAGGCUUGAGCCACCGCACCCGGCCUGUUUUGAGUAUUUUAAUGACUGCCUGGCGAUACAUCCAUCCACCAGGACAUGCACAAGCUGGUGACUUUGUAAACACUUGCUCCUGGCGUUCCGGGGCUGAGCACAUUCAGGAAGAGCCACGUGGGAGGACAGUCCCUGCCCCGGCCUCGGAGAGCUCCAGGCAGGUCUUGCAGUGCCUUGCGGGCCUUGGCCGGUGUGUGCCUCCAGCGCUUCAGGCGCCUGGCUGUUUCCUUUCUCUCAGGAGAGUUGGUGGGGAGCUAUGGCACCUCGGGGCAGCCUCCUCGCGUGGCGGCCCCAGCCUGUCCAGCAUGGGCCUUCCAUGCUUCAUUUGCCUUUUUUUUAAUCUUAAACUGGGAGAGAAGGUCUUGGCUCCGAACACGCUGACUUGUGUGCUUUGUGGAUUCCUCCAUCUGUACCGACUCUGUGCUAACAUUGUUGCCGGGGCUGUGGUUACCAAAAGGGGAAGUGGCUUUCUUACGAAGGCCCUGGGGUCUGCGCCACUGGUCAGCAGCCACAUUGCUGUGUCCUGAGACCAUGCGCGGACCCCAGGCUGUGCCCGCUGUGCCGCUGUGGGAGUGGGCCGCCCUGGCCCUGUUCUGAGUGAGGCCUGUGCAUCAGCAACCCACCUAGGCCCGUCUGCAUUUUGCAUAGGGCUCCCCACUGGUGCAGGAAGUCACCACCCAGCCAUGGACGGGGAGGAGCAGCAGCCAGCGCAUGAGGCCGAUGUGGAACCUGUUGUGCCGUCGGAGGCUUCAGAGUCGGUGCCCAGGGUGCUUUCUGGAGACCCCCAGAACCUGUCCGACGUGGACGCCUUCAACUUGCUCCUGGAGAUGAAGCUGAAGCGGCGGCGCCAGCGACCCAACCUGCCACGCACUGUGACCCAGCUGGUAGCCGAGGACGGGAGCAGGGUGUACGUGGUAGGGACAGCCCACUUCAGUGACGACAGCAAGAGGGACGUGGUGAAGACCAUCCGGGAGGUCCAGCCUGAUGUGGUGGUCGUGGAGCUCUGCCAGUACCGCGUGUCCAUGCUGAAGAUGGAUGAGAGCACGCUGCUGCGAGAGGCCCAGGAGCUCAGCCUGGAGAAGCUGCAGCAGGCUGUGAGGCAGAACGGGCUCAUGUCGGGGCUUAUGCAGAUGCUGCUGCUGAAGGUGUCUGCACACAUCACCGAGCAGCUGGGCAUGGCUCCAGGUGGCGAGUUCAGGGAGGCCUUCAAGGAGGCCAGCAAGGUGCCUUUCUGCAAGUUCCACCUGGGUGACCGGCCCAUCCCCGUCACCUUCAAGAGGGCCAUUGCCGCACUUUCCUUCUGGCAGAAAGUCAGGCUGGCUUGGGGCCUGUGCUUCCUGUCAGACCCCAUCAGCAAGGAUGACGUGGAACGCUGCAAGCAGAAGGACCUGCUGGAGCAGAUGAUGGCCGAGAUGAUCGGCGAGUUCCCCGACCUGCACCGCACCAUCGUCUCCGAGCGUGACGUCUACCUGACCUACAUGCUGCGCCAGGCCGCCCGGCGCCUCGAGCUGCCUCGGGCCUCUGACGCCGAGCCCAGGAAGUGUGUCCCCUCCGUGGUUGUGGGCGUCGUGGGCAUGGGGCACGUGCCUGGCAUAGAGAAGAACUGGAGCACCGACCUCAACAUCCAGGAGAUCAUGACCGUGCCCCCGCCGUCCAUCUCCAGCAGAGUGUCUCGGCUGGCCGUGAAGGCCGCCUUCUUCGGCCUGCUGGGCUACAGCCUGUACUGGAUGGGCCGCCGCACCGCCAGCCUGGUCCUGUCGCUGCCUGCCACGCAGUACUGCCUGCAGAGGGUGACUGAGGCAAGGCACAAGUAGGAGCUGCUCCCCACACGCUCAGGAGCCCCUGAGGAGCCAGUGCCCCCGAGGCACUUGCUGGAUGCCAGGCUCAUCCAAGCCCACCCGAGGCCCCCACCACCCCCCAUGGGGGUCUGGGCCGGGCCUCACCUGCCCUCCCAGUCCCAUCACCCCUCCACCAGCCCACCCAAAUAAAGAAUUAUUUAAUGUCUCAGCUCAGGCCUCCCGCAGCCCCUCCCCUCCCACACUGCAGGGGCCGUUCACCGGCUUCUGGACAAGAUGCCCAGCUCCCGGGGGGGCAAGGGCUUGGAGAAGAGGCCGAGGCAUGCGCCCUCUCAGCCCUGGUGGCGGGUGGGGGACAAUGGCCACUGUCCCUACCUCACUGUGCCUUCCUGUGCUCUGGCCAUGGGAGCGUCAUGCCAGGGGCAGCUCCUGGGACCUCCCUGGCAGGCGAGAACUGGGAAAGGCCCGGCCCUCGAGCUCCAGCCAACCCCACCAUGCCCCUGGCAUCCUGGGCCUGGCUGCCACCUCCCCAACGCUGUCUGCCAGCAGGGAUUCUGUGUUUUUGGCUUUUUUAAUGUCUCAAAAUCUUUACUCAGGUAAUUUUAACUUCAAAGAGAAAAACUGAAGUAAAUGUCAAAAAAACACCAGCCUUAAAUCCGGGGGGACAGAAUUUGUGUUCUUGGGUCUGUCCCGAGUGGGCUCGUGUACAGCCGAACGUCAGCUCUGGGCCCAGGCGGGGCUUCAGCUGGGAGCCUGUGUCCUGAGCCCCCCGGAGCGAGGGGGUGCCCAGGGGCAUCCUGGCCCUCUGUGGACAGACUGUGUGUGCCUGGCUCCUGCCAGGCCUGCCCCCUCAGGCCUCCUGCCCGGCGGCCACCUGUGUGCGGGGAGUCCCUCCUGGUUGACCAGGACGUACCCCGUGCAGCCUCAGCCUGGACCCCGGCAAUCUCUGGUUGUGUCUGCUGACUCAAUGUUGAAUCAAAUCAGGUGUGCGUCAGGAGCUGGCCGUGUCCUUCCUGCCACACUCGGGGAUUUGUUCCAUAGAAACUGAAAUAAAUUCUAAUUUUGGAAA